CACGCGUCGCAGCUGCGAGGGCCGCGGGAGGGGGCCAUUACUGCUUAAGGGUCAUUCAGCUCAAUCGGUGGCGACGGGGGCGCUGCCUGCCAGCACGCUCGGCCCUUCCCCUGCCUUCUCAGAAGGCAUCCAACUGCUAAAAUAGGGCUCCGUGCUCCGCCUUCGCCUCCGCGUCCUCCGCCUUCGCCGCCGCCAUGAGCCGCCUCGCGCUGUCGCUGCUGGCCCUCGCGCUCCUGGCGCUGGCCGCGCGCGCCGCAGAGCCCAAGUACACCAACAAGUUCGACAACAUCGACAUCGACCGCAUCCUCGGCAACGAGCGCGUGCUCACCAGCUACAUCCGAUGCAUGAUGGAGGAGGGGCCCUGCACCAACGAGGGACGCGAACUCAGGAACGCAGAAGUAUCUAUACCACCUCUGUCAGUAUUAAAAGAAAAAAUAUUGUAUCGUAAAAGGUUAAGAAGUAAUGCUCCUACCAAGAAUUUAACUAAGCAGACAUAUGCCUGUCUAAAACCCAUAAUAAAAGUUAAAACUGUGGCUUUCAGUAGACCAGAUAUGGUUUUGAUUGACAGGGACAAGAAAGAAGCUGUGCUUGUUGAUAUUGCCUUACCGUUGACACGCAACCUAAAAAAAGCAAAGGCCGAGAAAAUUACUAAGUAUGAAGAUCUUGAUACGGGCUGCACCAAGUGCAACGAGAAGCAGAAGACGCUGGCCGAGAAGGUGAUCAAGCACCUCACGGCGGCGCGCAAGGCCGACUGGGAGCGGCUGGCCGCCAAGUACGACCCCGAGGGGCUGUACAAGCAGCGCUACGCCGAGCUGCUCGCCACCGUCACGCCGCCCUCCGCGUAG